UGUGUGGUGUAUAUACUGAAUUGCGUCAGUUUGAUGUGUAUUUACAGUACACAAAUCAACGCAUGUGAUAGGAUGUAUGAUACCAUAGCUGAGGGACGGAUCCAAUAAAUCAAUGCUCCUGCCUUCGAAUUAUUAAUGGAUUAUUUUCUGGUACACGCCUCGUAACAUAAUUCAACAAGCAUUCAAUUACAUAAUUCUAUUAAGCACGUUUUAUGAGAGUAGACAGCGUCCAUCGUUUACAUAGUAACGCGCUGAGAGAGAGGACACCACUCAAUAUGUACUCCAGGAAUCCGCUUGCGGCUUGAGUCUCUCAACACCUUCGCAAAUACUGAUAUGAAAUGGGUGAGCCAGAGGAGGAGGGUCGGAACAAUUCCGAAUCGCCGGGGACAGCCGAAGACUCAACGAAAUUAGCCGAAGGUGAAACGGAAACAACCGAGAAGGAUACGAUGAGUGCAGGCUGUAGUGAAUGUGGGAAACCACCAUUGUUCUACAGCAUCUAUGACAAACAAAAGACGGUGUUUUGUUCGUCAGAAUGCCACGGAAAGAGAAAUGAGAAAGAAAGAUCACCAAACCUGAUGCUUGUUAAGCUUGCAGAAAAGAGUGAUGAUGGUAAGGAGAGUGAUGCCAAAUCUACCGGCGAACAGAAUACUGAUGAACUAGUAGAUGCAGCGCUCGAUCAGGAUAUUUUCGAGUGUUGUCAUGGAGGACUCACGAACAACACAAACCUUCAUGGAUUACUAGAAGGCGGGGCCGAUGUCAAUCAGAAGGAUUCCAACGACCAAUCACUGCUGAUCUACGCGGUGGCUAACGGUGACGUCACAACCAUCAAUCUCCUAUUGGAGAAGGGUGCUGACGUCAAUCAGCGCGGUAAAGCACAGGCCACGCCCCUUAUGAUUGCUGCUGAUAUGGGUGCUAAGGAAAAGGUUUCGUUCUUACUAAGUAAAGAUGCAGACACAAUGCUCAAAGAUGAUGAUGGAAAGACAGCGCUCCAUAGAACAGAGAGAAAUAGAAAUACAAAGUGUGCAGAUUUAAUGAUUGAGAAGAAUCCUGAUCUCCUACAGGCUCGAGACAACUGUCAACAAACCAUUUUACAUCAAGCGGCUGGAGAGGGUAACAAGGAUCUUGUGGAUUUUUUGUUGGAGAAGAACGCUGAUCCAUGUGCUAUGGAUAACCUGAACCGAUCAGCUCUUCACUGGGCGGUUAUACAAGGCAUGGAAUCUGUAGCGACUAGUCUACUUGAACGAGAUUGUUCAAAGGUGAUCGACGAACCUGAUCGCUUUGGAGUCAGACCGAUACAUUAUGGAAUACAAAGCAAUCGGUCGGACAUCGCCGGAAUGCUCAUUGAGAAGGGUUGUGAGUUAGAGGCAGGUGAAUCAAGGGGUCUGACUGCUCUCAUCUAUGCCGCAGCCUGCGGGAAGAAGGACAUGCUGGAAAUCAUGAUCCCACGGUGUAAGAAUGUCGACGUCACGGAUAAAAAGGGUUGGACAGCCCUUCAUCAUGCAGCUAAACGAGGGGACGAGGAUGUCUGCAUCCUCCUGCUUGAUCAUAAAGCCAAGGCUAGUGUGAAGAGCUUAACGGACGAACAAACACCGCUGAUCAUUGCAGUCAAUAAUAAACAUCUUGGCGUGGUUAAACUCUUGAUCAAACGAAACCCAUCGAGCAAAGAUGUGAAAGAUGCAAAGGGCAGAUCUGGUCUUCAUCACGCUGCUGAGCAUGGUGAUUUAAACAUUCUAAGUGCUUUACUCGAAACACAGACUGACUCUCAGAAGAAAGAAGAAGCAGAGGAAGGGGAUUCAGAAUUACAAGAUUUCAUCAACUCAAAGGAUAGCUCUGGUCAUUGCGCCCUCUAUCUAGCUGCGAAGAACAGUCACAGAGACUGCUGUCAACAUCUCUUAGACAAAGGAGCGAAAAUCGAGGAAUCUUUUCGAGAUCUUCUCUUUGAAUUGGGUUUAAUCGAGCCUCGGGACGAGGAAGAGGAAAGUGGAGAUGAAGAUAAAAGCAGUACUUCAUCCCGCCAGCGAUAUGGAGUGGAUGAAACGGAUGAAAGCGAGAAAAUCGAAGAUUUAGAUCUAGGCAACCUUACCGAUACAGAUGCUGUGGCACUCAACUCACGAUACAUAUACGAAGGCAAAGGCCCGGCUCCGAAGUCGACAUCGCCACGGAGACCGAUGAACGUGAUACCAAGACGAUCAACCGACAUCGAUGACCAGGAAACAUUCGAUGUUCAUUGGAAAAACAUACUGGAAAAGAAACGCAGAUCUGAACAAGGCGUUAAGGCUAGGAAAAGUCAAGAGAACCUGAAAUCACCGUAUGCUCAGCCUCUGGUAAGCUCCGAGGUGCUUCGUAAAUACGAGAGAAUGAGGCGUUCACAUCAGGCUCUAGGGCGAUCUGGGGGUUCCCCGAGCAAACCGGAUGGGAAGACAGGGGAUAGUUCAAACAAAACUCAUUCAGGUGGAAGUGAGGAAAGAUCGAAAAGUCUCGACACGCCUAUGAACUUGAGAAAUAAAAGCAGUCACUCACAUGGUAAAAAGUAUUCCUAUUCUGUGGUGACCAAAUAGCCAGACAGACUGAGAGGAUGACUAUUUUGAUGUUUUGUUUUGAAUGGACAAUGCCAUAUGUGGCCAAAAUCACUAUUGCAAGAAAUGGCGAUGUUCUUAGGGUAUGUUUCAUUUCAGAUUCCUCAGGCCUGUCUUCACUAGUUUGGCCAGGAGGGAUUAGACCUCCCUGCGUGGUCACUGACAGGUGGUUAUCUCAUCAAAUCAGCUCUCAAUUAAC